AUGACUGCCGCCGAGUACACUGACUGGUGCAUCCAGCAGAACCUACAGAGGGAUCUGGACGCCUACUCGUCUCUUGAUCCUGCCGUUCAGCAAGACAUUCAGGCCAAGUACCGCUUGCUGCACGAGCGCGUCAAGGAUGCCGGCCUCUUCGAUUGUCCCUAUUCGGAGUAUGGCAAGGAGACAUGCAGGUACUCGAUGCUUUUCGCGAGCUUUCUCGUCGCCCUGAAUUUCGAAUGGUACAUGACCUCGGCUUGUUUUUUGGGCCUCUUUUGGCAUCAGAACAUGUUCACGGCCCGCGACGCAGGGCACGGAGCCAUCACUCACAACUUCACGUUCGACACAAUUAUCGGCCUCGCGGAAUACGACCCAGACAUCCAGAACCUUCCCUUCUUCUCGACAUGCCCUUCUUUCUGCAAGUCCCUCCUUUCUACCUACUAUGAAAACUUUGUUAUUGUUUGGGAUGCUGCUGCCGAGUUCCUGGUCCAGUGCCAGCGUUGGACCUACUACCCUCUGAUGGCUAUUGCCCGCUUCAACCUAUAUCUCCUCUCCUGGCUUCACGUCAUCUCCAGUAGAUCAACGUCCUUAGGCAACAGCAAAGCCUGGUGA